UUAGCCUAAUAACUGGAACAUUAAGGGUUAAAGCUCUGAAGACCCUCUAAGUACCUGGAUGGGACUAGAGAAGGGAACUUCCUGUUCCAGUUCCCAUGUGUUCUCCAGAACAGCCCCUGAGUGGAAUUGGCAGGAUCUUGGUCCUUGGAACCCCAAGGAAGAAAAAUCCUACAGGGGAACACCCCAUCUCUACCUCUCCUCCAACCCCCACCAAGUGCUGCCCCAUAAAAAGAUAUCCAGUAAAGGUGUGGAGAAGAGACUGUAGAUUUCGAACUGCCCAUUGAGUUCCCAAAGAAUGAUGUCCACAAGACCGAGUCUGGCUGCUACCCAAGUCCAAACUCCCCUGAAGCAAGAACUGCCCACAGUAAAACUUGAAGAGUUUUCCUGGGAACAGGAAUCCAUCCAUGAAGGAGGUCUGCCCAGACAUGAGGCCUGCAGGCAGCGGUUCAGGCACUUCUGCUACCAGGAGGCCGCUGGCCCAAAGGAAGCUCUUAGCAGGCUCCGUGAACUCUGCUGCCAGUGGCUUAGACCAGAGACUCACACCAAAAAACAGAUCCUGGAGCUUCUAGUGCUGGAGCAGUUCCUCAUUGUCCUCCCUGGAGACAUUCAGGCCUGGGUACGGGGGAAGCAUCCCAAGAAUGGUGAUGAAGUGGUGACCCUUAUGGAGGAUUUGCAGAGAGAGCCCAGCAAAGCAAGGCCAACGGGGCCCAUCCUUAUGGGCUGUUCCCAGGUCUUUGGCCAUACACCCAGAUGGAUAAUGCCCUCAGAGAAGUCAUCAUCCCUGAUCCCUGCACAGGAGCCCCAGAAACUCCAGCCAGAACCAGCCAAGCCUUCAAAGGAGGGGAAGUGGAGUCUUCUGGCUAGGUCCAAGCAACAGCUAACUCCUGGCCCACAAGGCUCAACUGUUCCUCAAGGCCCUUCCUCUUCCCAAGAGGAAAGAUCCAGAGACCUGGAAUUAGCAACUGUGCUGGAAUCUCUGACAUUUGAGGAUGUUGUAGUGGAGAAGGUUUGGCCUGCACCCCCUCUAGGGUUUGGAAUUGGGGCACAGAAUAGGGAAAAAAUAAAGCAAGGAAAUUCGGGGAAACCUGCAACAGUUCUAGGAAAGGUGGGCAAGGAUAUUUCCCUGGUGCCCAAAAAAGAGGAUAUACAAGAAACUAGGUAUGGGACUGAAGGUCAUUGGGGCCUGACUGCUUCAGGCAGUAGAGGAAUAUCCCCGUCUAGUAAAAGUGAAGUUUGGGAAAUAAAAGUCUGUGAUGUCCAAGAGAAGCCUGAGCCGGAAUCCCAGGAGACACAGAAGACAUUCCCCAAGUGUGGAAUAAGCCUCCCCCAGGUGCCAUGCCUCCAGGCACAUAGAAGAACCCACGAUUCCCUCAAGCCCUACCAGUGUCCGUGUUGUGAGAAGAACUUCGGCCGGGGCUCCAUCCUCAAACUGCACCUGAGGACACACACAGAUGAACGUCCCUACGCGUGUUCUGAGUGUGGGGAAUGCUUCCGACAGAGUGGUCACCUGAGAAAACACCAGCAGACCCAUUCUGCAGAGAUGGCCUUUGUAUGUGCUGACUGUGGGCAGGGUUUCCAGCGACGCUCCAGCCUCCUGCGACAUUUACACGCCCAUGCCAAAGAAACAGAGGAAGACACCAAACCAGCCUUCCUGUGUUCCAUCUGUGGGCAGGGUUUUCAGCGGCACGCCAACUUCCAGCGCCACCUGAGUCUCCAUGCCGAGGAAAAGCCCCUCCAAGGGGUUGAGUUUGGUACAAGCUUUCUUCAGGGGGCCAGCAACUCCCAGGAGCAGCAGGGCCCCAGUGAGCAGAAGCCUCAUGUGUGCAAUGAGUGUGGCAAAGCCUUCCAGAGGAGUGAGCAUCUGGCCGCCCACCAGCGGGUUCACACAGGGGAAAAGCCCUUCUCUUGCCAGGACUGUGGACGGGCCUUUAGCCAGAGCUCCCAGUUAACCAGCCAUCGCCGAGUGCACACUGGUGAGAAGCCCCAUGCCUGUUCUGAGUGCGGGAAACACUUUGUGCGCCGGGCUGGUCUCGCACGCCACAUGCUCAUCCAUGGAGGAGAGAGGCCCCAUCACUGCAGCCAGUGCAACAAACGCUUUAGCCAGAGCCAGGACCUGAGCCGCCACCAGCGCAGCCACACUGGGGAACGGCCGUGCCGCUGUAAUGAGUGUGGGGAGUGCUUCAGCCAGAGUGCCCACUUGGCACGUCACCAGCGCAUCCACACAGGGGAGAAGCCUCACCCCUGUGACACAUGUGGCCGGUGCUUCCGCAACAGCUCCAACCUGGUGCGGCACCGUCGAACUCAUACCGGGGAGAGGCCCUAUCACUGCCACACCUGUGGAAGGAGCUUCCGCCGCAAUGCCCACCUGCAGCGCCAUCUGGGGACCCACUCAGGGACUGAUAUUCCAGAAGCAAGCAAAGAGGCCAGGGAACUGGGGGGCGCCAUCAAGGAGGCUCCCCAGCAGUGCCUGCAAUGUGGGAAGAGCUUCAGCAGAGGCUGUAACCUGCUCAGACAUCAAGCCAUCCACACAGGUGCUAGGCCCUAUACCUGUAGCCAAUGUGGGCGGAGCUUCAGCCGCAAUUCUCACCUGAUGAGACACCUGAGGACCCAUGCCAAGGAGACCCUGUAUUAAGCAUCCCUUAACACCUUUACUUGGCCAAGACCCCAAUCCAACCCAACACUGAGCUACCCAGAGGGAUGUCUGCUGGGUUUACAUACUUUUGGGGUUACCAGGUACCUGAAAACAAACAGGACAUGGAAAGGGACCUUAUCAGACAUCCAUCUAGUUCCCCAUUCUCAUAUACCUAACUUUUUCUUCAGCCUAUCUUCGCCAAAAUGAGUAAAGCAAAUUAAUUGUCUUUUGAAAGUUGUCUUGGACUUAGGCUCUCUUGGUUAUCUCUCAGAUACUUUUUGCUCCUUCAACCCAGGGGAAUAAGUAAAUAUCUAAUUCCUUUCUGGGAAAGGAUGAUCCUGAGUGUUUCUUGCCUUUGCAGAGCCAAAGAUCUUAGCAGAAGAGUCUCAUAUAUCUAAGAAACUCCUCUGCUUGGGACCUGGUUAUUAAUGGAUCCCAGAUCUGGACUCCACUACUGGAAAAGGGCUUAAAAACAGUCAAAAUUAAAUCCUGCACAUUACACAAAACUUGAUGAAAGGAGUCCCUUGUACUUUGCUUUGACUAAUUAUCCUGGAUAAUGCAAAUUAAAUGCAAAUUUAAAAAAAAACAACUCCUACCUUAAACUACUCUAGGGAAAAGAUGUCCUACAAACCCCCAGAUAUCUUAUAGGAGAGAUCUAUAUCUGUUCAUUGAACAUUUGUGCAUGUGGGCAAGAUUUGAUUUUUUUCCUUUAGUUAAAGAUUUUUAAAUUCUGUUUUUUUAUGUUGAGUUUACCCCCCCAAAAAAAGUUCUAUAUACACAAUAGAACCAAAAAAGGAAUACUUACAUGACCUUUAAAAUAUAUGUAUAAUAAAUUUUUUUAACCCAUACUUUCCAUCUUGGAAUCAAUACUAAGUGUUAAAAUCAAAUAGAUCUCUCCAUGUUGUCUAAGACCCUCAAAUACCUCUUUGGCAAUGGAGAAAAACAGCAAGAUAGAUUGUUUCUGGGGCAGCUAGCUAGCUCAGUAGAUAAGAGAGCCAGGCCUAGAGAUGGGAAAAGGAAAGAUGACUUGGAACAAUGCCUAAAGGGGCUAGAAAACUGCAUACCCUUUCAUAAUAUCACUACUAGGUCUGACUCCUAGAGACCCCAAAAAAAAGGGCUAGUAUCUAUUUGUACAAAAAUAAUUACAGCAACUCUUGUUUUGAUGGCAAAUUGCAAUUAGAAACUAUGAAGGUGACCAUCAAUUGGAGAAUGGUUGAACAAAUUGUGGUAUAUGAUUGCAAAGGAAUAUUAUACCAUAAGAAAUGACAAAUGGGAUGAGUUUAGAAGAAAACCAGAAAGAUUUACGUGAAUUGGAACAAAGUGAACCAGGAGAGCAUUGAACACAAACAGCAGUAUUGUUAUAAUGGUCAACCAUGAAAUGAAUGAUCUAAGAUGAUUCCAAAGGACUCAUGAUGAAAAAUGCUUUCCACCUCUAGAGAAAGAACUGCUGGAGUCUGAAGAUAGACCCUAAGCAUACCAUUUUUCACUUAUUUCCUUCAAUGAUUUUUUUUCUUGUAUGUUUAAUGUGUAAUAUUUGCAAUAUGUUGAAUGUAGAAAUAUAUAUUGCAUGAUAGCACAUUUUAUAACAUCAGAUUGCUUAUCUUCUCUGGGAGAGGGACAGUGUUUUGGUUGAAAAAUGUCAGAAAAUAUGUUAAAAGUUGUUUCUACAUAUUACUAGAAGAAAUACAAUAAAACAUUACUGAAGGGGGAAAAAAAA